CAUAUCUCUUUGCCUUAUCUUCCAUGUUUACAAAUUACAACCAUCUUAUGUUUCUCUCCUUUACUCUCAAAAACAUCUUUUAGCCUACCACUCUACUUCUACUUCUUUUACAAAAAGAAAAAAAAAAAACAACACACAAAAACAUGGGAAGCAUCAAAAUAACCGAGGUCUUCAAAUCCCACCCUGUCCACAUCCCCGCUCACAAAAACCUCGACUUUGACUCUCUCCAUGAACUCCCCGAUUCCUAUGAUUGGAUUCAACCUGAUUCUUUCCCUUCCUUAAACCUCUCUAAUAAUCUCAUUCCUCUCUCUGACUCUGUUCCCCUCAUUGACCUUUCUCUCCCCAAUGCUCCUCAUCUCAUUGGCAAUGCCUUUCGUACUUGGGGGGCAUUCCAAGUCAUUAACCACGGCGUCCCCAUUUCCCUCCUUCACUCCAUUGAAUCCUCCGCUAAUUCCCUCUUCUCCCUUCCCCCUCCCCACAAGCUCAAGGCCGCUCGUCCCCCCGACGGCAUCUCCGGCUACGGCCUCGUCCGUAUCUCCUCCUUCUUCCCUAAACGUAUGUGGUCCGAAGGCUUCACCAUCCUUGGCUCCCCUCUCGAACACUUCAAAAAACUCUGGCCUCAUGACUACACUCGUUAUUGUGAUAUAAUAGAGGAAUAUGAUCGAGAGAUGAAGAGUCUAUGUGGAAGGCUGAUGUGGCUUGCGUUGGGAGAAUUAGGCAUAACUCGAGAGGAUGUAAAUUGGGCCGGGCUGAAUGGGGAUUUCAAGACGUGUAAUGCAGCGACCCAAUUGAACUCUUACCCGGUUUGUCCGGAUCCAGAUCGGGCAAUGGGACUCGGAGCUCAUACAGACACCAGCCUUUUAACAAUUGUAUAUCAGAACAACACAAGAGGAUUACAAGUUUUGAGAGAAGGGAACCGGUGGGUGACGGUGGAGCCUGUACCCGGUGCACUUGUGGUUCAAGUUGGAGACUUGCUUCAUAUUCUUACAAACGGGUUGUACCCAAGUCCGGUUCAUCAAGCUGUUGUGAACCGGACCAGAAAACGUCUCUCAGUGGCAUACGUUUUUGGGCCGCCAGAAAGUGCUGAAAUUUCACCGCUUAAGAAACUUUUGGGCCCGACUCAACCACCGCUUUACCGCACAGUAACUUGGACUGAAUACCUCCGUAAAAAAGCCGAACACUUCAAUAACGCACUCUCAUCUGUCCGUCUUUGCGCUCCUCUCACUGGACUGUUAGAUGUCAACGAUCAUAGCCAGGUUAAAGUAGGCUAACCUCCAACUCCUCCCAAGUCUAAAAUACAUUUAAAAUAUAAUGUAAUUUACUCCAAUUUAUGAUUAGGAAUGUUUUUUCUUCUCUCUUUUUAUUAUUUUUAAUUUUCAAUAGAGUUGUCUAAAAAAAAAGGAGUUUUGCAUGGUGGGCGUAGUGAGUAAUAUCUAAUCCAUAGUGUGUAUGUGUGUUUGUGUGUGGACUGUGGAUUAGAUAGGUGUGUGUGGAGAGAAAAAUAAAACUUUAAUGAAAUAUAUUUUGAAGAGAGAAAAAAAAAAGAUUAAUUUUA